CUGGCAGCUAUGGCUCAGCUCACACCCAAAGCUCAGGCUAUUCUUCUCCUACCUAGCAGCUUGGGGAGCAGGCAGGGCACAGAGCAACUUCUCUGGUUAAGCUAAUUGUGGUGCUUAAUUAGUCAGCCAAAGCCUAAGGGACUGGUUUGGAAAGCUUGCCAUUAUAAAUUCUACCCAUCCACAGGAUCACAGAUUUGGAAGGGGUACAGGAUAUAAUCCAAACUGACCCCCCCAAACUCAUAACAAUAUUCUGACAUAUAAACCCCAACAGAGGUCCCAUUACCUGCAACAAGUCAGGAGCAAAACAAGGGACACACAGAGUUUAUAUGUUGCUGCAAAAGGAGGGGGGAUUAUCCUGAGUUGUAGGCUUGUAUGUGUGGGGUUUUAUGGGGAAGGGGAUUGCAAACAGCGACUUCAGAAAAGCACAAUGUGAUACUGUGGUUACCUUAACAGUGGACAUUAAAAAAAACCAAGAGUAGUUAUUAAAAACACAUUUUGGCAUUGGACAUUUUUAUAUGUAAUGUGAAAAAACCCUUUUGUAUCAAUUCACUGCACAAGUCAAAGCCAUGAGCCUCUGGUGCAGGCCAGCGGUUUCAAAUUGCAGUCCCCCUUUGUUCUAGCAAAGCCAGCUGAAGGGCAGUUGUUCAAUCCAGAAAGAACCAAGAGACUGAUUAUUAUAUAUUGAAAAUUAAAAUUAAAAACAACCAGGUAACGUAUAAGAAGGAUGAGUUGUUUUACUGUUUUAUGGCUGUGGGCCUGGCACACUAUAUUGGGGGUGGCGGUAUGUGCGCUUUGUGCAGGAUUAGCAACUAUGCAGUGAGCUGGCCGAGGCCCUCCCUCCUGAGCCUGUGUCACUGAAGACGUUGUGUGUUCAUUCGCUGGCAGUGGAAGGGCUGGCCGGCAGGCCAACACCGAUCUCACAGCCACCAAAGGGAGCGCGGAAGCUGCAAAGAAAACGUUGCAGAUCAGGGGAGGCCGAGGGCCAAGCCAUCACCAGUGCUUGCUUCUCCAGCCAGCUCUUCCUUGCACCUGUUCAGGGGACUAGCUGGAUGUGGGUCUGCUCGUUCCUGUGCUGCUGUGUGAUGGGCAGCUGAAAAGCAGCGUUUGCGGCGGCCGAAGGAGGCUCCGUCUUGCAUCUUGAUUAAGAGCAGCAGAGAGCUACGGAGGUGCGCGGUUGGCGCCCCCUCCCACUUUUAAAGCUUCCCCUCUCCUCACCAAUCUUUCCUGAUGAUUCCAACGGGCCGGAGGGUCCGUAGGUCCCUCCCCAAGGAAUUGCUCGUCUACUGCCUCGUCUUCGGGUUUUCCUUCCCCUUGAUGGUCCUGAUGCUCUUGCUCUAAGGAUGCUGCUGCUGGAGCCCACCAACCUCUUCGGCUGCGGGCGGAGUCACAGGAGAAAGAAAACACUCGGCUUUGCAGCCUCGGGGUUUGAUGACAACUGCUGCAAAGGCGGCGGCGGCGGCGGCGGCCUGAUCGCUCUCUCUCCCUCUCUCUUGAUAGUGGGGAGAGAGGCAAGAUGUGCGUCGGAAAGCGGGAUUGGGGGAUGCCCUCCAGCCUCAACGGGUUUCUAGCUUUCCCGCCCAGCCCGUUCUCGAAGGACUGAUCCGGAGGGAGGGAGGUUGCGGCACUGCCCCUCCUUCUACAGGACUCUUAGGAAGCUGCUGCCCCAUCACCGAGGAAGGAGGAGGAGGGCGCGGACCCAGCGACACACGCGGCCGCCUGCUUGGAGCCCAGCCAUGGCGGGAGAAGGGCCGCCGGCGGGAGCCGAGCACCUUCCCUGACGGCCCCCGGGCGGGCACCCCGUGAGCUGCGUCGGGCUUUGGGGAGGCCAGGCCUGGCUCGCCUUGGCCCCCACCUGCUGCUGAGCCUCUGCCUCUGAGCUUCUGCCUCCCUCCCUCCCUCUGGGGCGGAGCGCGUCCCCGCGGUGGGAGGGCCGAGAUGGGAGAGGGCAUGUCCAAGAGGCUGAAGGCGCAGCUGGGCGGCGAGGCCGAGAUGGAGGAAAGGGCCUUCAGCAAUCCUUACCGGGACUACCAGCCCCACGGGGCCGCCUUCGCCUCCUCGGCCACCGGCGCCCCGCCUUCGCCCAGCGGCUCCGAGGGAAAGCGAUGCCGCACCCCUUCGCCCGACGGGGACGGAGACCCUCCGCUCUUCGACGGCGACGGGAAGAUCUGCUCUUAUUUCAGUAAAAGGAUCACAACUAAAAUUAAGGAUCUGCUGCAGCAAAUGGAAGAAGGGCUGAAGACUGCAGAUCCUCACGACUGCUCUGCAUAUACUGGCUGGACAGGGAUAGCCCUUUUGUACCUUCAGCUGUACCGUGUGACGCAAGAACAAAGUCAUCUACAGCGAUCCCUGGAUUAUGUGAAGAGGAUCCUACGCAACCUGAAUGGAAGAAGGAUUACUUUCCUCUGUGGUGAUGCUGGACCCUUGGCAGUGGGAGCAGUGGUGUACCACAAGCUGAAGAAUGACACUGAAUCCAAGGAAUGUGUGACCAAACUUUUGCAGCUAAAGAGAAUGGUCCUUGCCACAGAUUCUGACCUUCCAGAUGAGCUGCUUUAUGGAAGAGCUGGUUACUUGUAUGCCUUGCUUUAUCUGAAUACUGAAAUUGGACCCGAGGCUGUGCCGCAGUCUGCUAUCAAGGAGGUGGUGGAUUCCAUCAUUGAAUCAGGUAAAAACUUUUCCAGAGAGGAACGAAAGACAGAAAGGUGCCCAUUAUUGUAUCAGUGGCACAGAAAACAAUAUGUUGGUGCAGCCCAUGGCAUGUCUGGAAUCUACUAUAUGCUUAUGCAGCCAGUGUGCAAUGUGGAUCAAGAGACUCUGAGAGAACUGGUGAAACCAAGCAUUGACUAUGUGCGCCAUAAAAAAUUUCGAUCUGGGAAUUAUCCAUCUUCUUUAAGUAAUGAAACUGACAGGCUGGUGCAGUGGUGCCAUGGUUCCCCAGGAGUCAUCCAUAUGCUCAUGCAAGCAUAUAAGGUUUUCAAAGAGGAUAAAUAUUUGAAGGACGCAAUAGAAUGUAGUGAUGUCAUUUGGCAGAGAGGAUUGUUGAGGAAAGGCUAUGGUAUCUGCCACGGGACAGCUGGCAAUGGCUACUCCUUCUUAUCCCUCUAUCAUCUCACUCAGGAUAAAAAAUACCUCCAUCGAGCUUGCAAGUUUGCAGAGUGGUGUCUGGAUUAUGGUGCACAUGGCUGUCGUAUUCCUGACCGACCCUAUUCACUAUUUGAAGGUAUGGCAGGAGCUAUCCACUUCCUCUCUGACAUAAUCGACCCCCAGAACUCCCGCUUCCCAGCAUUUGAACUCGGCUCUCAAAGGAAAGAAAGCAAAGAGGAGCAGAACAGCUAAAUGGAAACUGGAGAUGAUGCCCAAAGCAACAUGACUGCUUAGUGCCUCAAGUGGAACUGAACCAACGUUGGGAGUCUGGAGGAAAAACUCUUUCUCACCUGUUCUCCAAAGAACCAUGCUUGUUGUUAAUGCAUGAGUGAGAGAAUUCCACAUUUCAGUGUUUAAUUCUAAGAGAUGCCUUGAGUUUUGGCAGUGAGCAGGCUUAAGUUCAUUGGGGACUCUUGCUUUUUCAGUUUUCACAGUUGUCCUUCCAGGUCUUUCUCUGUGUGUUUGCAUGUUCCUUGGUGUUGUCCAGAACUGUAAAGUUUUUUCCGUUCAUUGUGAAGCUGAAAACUGGUCAGUGACAUCUAGUCCUGCUUGUUUUUCUGUGCAUGGCUGUAAUGACAGCACACACCUCUCUUUCCACUGCUGAAAUAGGACCUCACAUUUGGAACACUCUCUCUGCCUAUUAGCCACCAUGAAUGAGAGGGGCAAGCCCAGCCAAAUGCACAGCUUGGUUAACCCUUUUCUGGACUCACAACUUCAUCAAGAGCAUGGUCCAGUCAGAGUUUUUAAAAAACAAAUCUAUCUCCCAUUGAUUUUCUUGAAGAGGUUAACCAUAUGAUUAAAAUUCUGCCAUUGAAAUCAGUUACUCAAUGUCUGGCCAAAUUAUGCCCCAUAUCUAUCUCGCCCUGCCCACCAUGGGGACUGUUUAAGGCUUUCAGUCUACCUAAAGUGAAUAACAAAUGUUGCACUGGUUUCCAUGUGAAAAAAUCAAACAAGUACUACACUCUGCUGUUGAGAUUUGUGGAUUGUGCCCCUAAGAGUGAAGCUCACUUCAAAUUAAAUAGGUGAGCAUUACAUCUUUUGUGCCUCCCACCCUGGAAAUAAGUCUAGAAUGCACAUUUUCAAAAGUACUUCAAUGAGGUUAAUUUUCAAAUUUGAAAACUCUUUAAAGUGCUUUCUGAAAUACAAGAUCCUUUCAAUGUAGGGAGGGGGUCAUAGACAUGCCCUAAGCAGCCCACAUAAUUCCACCAAUUUUGUAGCGGAACAUCAUCCCUUCAGUUCUCAUGCAUCAUGGAAAGUUUUCUGACAAAACUAGGCAGAGCCACACAAAAGUAGUAGUGGGUCCAGCCUCACAGUUUAGGGAAGGACUCUGGGAAAUGAAAUGGCUUACUACUAGUGUUGGAAGUUUCUCAGAAGGGGCCAAGGUAUCCAAUUCUAAUUAAUACAGUAGUAAGACUGUCAAUCUCCCUGCUGGGUGACAGACAGUCCCAUUUUUGUUGCUUCACCCUCUGAAAGGUUGCUUUGUUGUUGUUCCUGUGUCUGAAGAGCUACAUAGUGAGUGUGUCACUCAGGCCCCGAGUCAUAACUUUGUUUUGUUUACAUUUUGCUCUUCCACAUCUUCUAAAAGAAAUUUUGACAAUUUGCAUUGCUGUGUGUACUUUUUAUAUGGGAGAAAUUUGGCUUCUGGAAUAGCUUCCAGUCACCGUUGCUGAGAAGUGAACCCCACUUCCUAGAUGGGAUGUUUAAAGGUUGUUGUAUCAAAUUGUUCUGAGUUUUGUUGCACUGCUUUAUUCUAACAGGAAAGGGACAGCCUCUCAAACGAGAGUAUUUUGGAAGAAGGGGUGGUGGAUUAGGGGGGAAGUCAGUUAUCACAAUGUUUUGCUGUUAAAGUUGUUUCUUUUAUAAAAAAAAUAAAUUUAGCAAAAUACAGAUGUGUUCCGAACAAUUUUUUCUUACCUGCCUGCCUAUGUGCUCUGACAACAGCAUUAGUUGAAACUACAUGUUACACAUGACAUGGGUCUACUGCUAGUGCCACCAAAACGGGCAGCGCUGUGCAAGCUCCCCUCCAUCCACUGGGAUUUCUUACAAUGUUAUGUGGCAUCAUCACACUGAGUUUAUCACCACUCUCAUGGCUGGCAAAGACAUGGAAACUUCCAACAUGAUGCUAUUGUAGUGUGACAUAUGAGAUUUAAGUAUUAUGGUUGACUGUGGGAGAGCCCAUCACUACCAUUUGGGACAGCAGCCUUGUUUCACUCCUAUGUAACUACAGCUGUGUAACUUGAUCCACUCCAUGUUUUCAUUCCCACUGAGUUGGGUGAGACUUGCUCCCAAGGAACCAUGCACAGAAUUGCAGCCUUUUCACACUAAGUGAUUUGUGUGAAAGGUAUUUGCUAUUAGGUGAGAUUGAAAUGGAUGAGCCACCCUUUUGGAAAUGCCCCCAGGCUUUACCUGCAGCCUGUUGUAGAACAUGAGGCCCUUAUUCACAGGGUUGUGGGUUCAAGCCCCACCAUUCCAGUGUCUUGGACUAGAGGACCUUUGUGGUCCCAUCCAACUCUGUUAUUCUCUAUGAAGGAGGGCAUGUUCAUAAAUCUUAAAAUUGCUAAUCUUCAGUCACACGGGAUAAUGAAUAAACAUUUGUAGAUUGUGACCACCUACACCAUAAAUCGAUGUAAGUCCUGUUGCCAUAACUCAGUUUGCCCUCCUUCACACUUAAGGGAUUGUGUGUGUGUGGGGGGGGUGACUGUCCUUAGAGAUUUCACCCAAAACUAUGAUUCCCAGGGCUUCUCAUGGAAAACCCAAAUGCUUAAGCUGUUUUCUAAACCAUUUUGUAGCAUAGGUGUAACCUAUAGAAAACAAAUGUGCUUACAGUUAAGGAUGCCUUCUAGGUAUAUGUUCAAAGCACUUGCACAGGAUUGUGCAUCAAAUCUUUGUAUGUGUCAACUCAGAAAUAAGUCCUACUCGGGUCAAUGGAACAUUCCUAGGUGUGCAUGGGAUUGUAGCCUCAGUCACAAAAUCCUUUUUCCAUAAAUGAUGCACCAUAGGCUGAAUCCUUGCACACCUAUUUAGAAAUCUGGCCCUUAAGAUUUAGAGUUCCAAAAUUGUUGUUUUUCAGGAAAAGGAUUGCCCAGAUUAUUUGAGUUCAUUUCAUAUUGUAAUUGGGCCAUAGUCCAAAAAAUAACAUCUUUGUAUUUUCAGUGGGUUUUCCAACUAAAAUUGAGUGCAUUAUCUGUCUUGCUUUAACUGAUUGAGUUAUCUUAUAGUACCUAAUUUCCCUUAGGUGAUACUUUCUGCAUCAAGGAAUGGUCUUGAAAAUACAUUUGGUAGUUCAGAAAUCAUUUUAGGAACAUACAAAAUUGCCUUACCAAGGGGGCCAAUUGGGUCAUAUAAUGUAAUAAUGAGGGUUGGUAUACAAAUUUAAUAAAUAACAAUAAUAUUGACACUGAUUGUCAGUGAUUCUCCACUGCUUCAGCCCUUCCUGGAGCCUUUUUCAGCCCUGCCUGGAGAUUGAAUGCUGGACUCUCUUGCAUGUGCUUCACCACCAAGCGGAAAUCAAAAACCAAACCUGAAGCAAUCUAGCCAGCUGUUUGGCACAAAGAGUUGGAUUUUGUUGUCUUCCAAUCUCCCUUCCCCAUAGAUAGCUGGUCAGUGGCAUUCAGCAUAUCUAGCCAGGUCUGGUAUGCACGCACAGCCCCAGCUGGCAGAUCAGGCAUAUAAAUGUUUCCACAAAUGGUUAGGAAGACCAUUGUAGGAAGACCAUGGAUGGGAUAAUUGCUAGGGACCCCGUUAAUGGGUUGCGGCUGUAUGCCUGAGAAGUGGCACACAGCUUACAUGUUUAUCUGUGCCUCACUACAUUUUGAUAAUUCCAGCCACAUAAGAUACUAUACACAGAGACUUAUAUUAGUCUUCCAGAUCCUGGGUGGGAAACCGCAGGCUCUUGGGACUCUACUCAGGUCACACCUCUCACUGGUCCUGCCCUCCUCACCCUCCGCCAUCCAUUUUUCUCUCUGGCUGGAUAUGUCUUUGAAUUGUAAUAAUGCCUCUUGUGUACCUGCUUGGUGAGAUGUCCAUGUAGAGCCCUUGGGGUUUUGUGCAGCAAAGGUAAGAGGGAUAUGCUGCCCCAACCAACCAAGCAACCAACCUGUGGUCUCCAGAAGGCUGCCCCCCUGCAAAAUGCAGCUCAAGUUGAAAAAAGUUCCCCACUUCUUGCUGUAGUGUAGAUGUAGACCCUGAGAAAACAAUGACAUUAUAAAGUAAUAGAAUUUGCCCUCCUCCAGUCUGCUGGAACUUCGCCUG